AUAACGAUUCGUAUCUCGACUCGAGAAAUACAAUUGCCGGCAGCUAGUGAGGUCUCUGGUGGGGGUAGCUAUGAAGAUAUAGCAGGACCUUUGACAAUUCGUCUUUAAUGUGGCCCAUCACUGGGAUUAGAAGAGGUUAUGGUGGAGGUCAGCGCCAAAUUUUUAUUACUUUUUUGUACAGCCGAUGUUACAGUAGAUCUACUCUUAAAUCGGUAUUUUACCGACUGCAUACGCUCCUUCGGAACAUUUUCAUUUUCAGAAAAGUGGAUAAAGACAUUCAAAGAAAUUUGAAAUCAGGUCAGACGACGGGUGAAAGUAAAGGCUAAAUCUAGAGCCAGUUCAGUUCGAGGAAUGCGUGAUUGGAUAUGUUGGAAUGAAUUGGGAAUUGGAAAGUGAAUCCUUCAACAAAUCCAAGAAGUAAUAUUAAAAAUGAGCUUAAUGGACCCAGCAUUUUCAGAAUUAUUAAAUUUUCGCUGGAAAAGGAUUAUGUGGACAGCUGACAAAUUUCAAGCAAUCUAGUUCAGUUUAGCAGUGGCUGUGAAUCGCGGAAGCUCUCAAAGGGGCUUUUAACGUCAAACUUACCCUGGCAUACGUCAAAUUAACGAAAUCAUUGCGGGGGAAUGAUGAGACUAAUCUCUCUGAUGACUUCUUAUGGUCUCAUUGUCCCACCUGCAGGGAGAGGAUGGAUGAGCCACGUCUACUGGACUGUCUUCAUCCCAUUUGCACCAGCUGUGUCGAGGCACUUCGCAAUGGAGAAAAAUCAAUUUGAUCACGUGACCCCACUGGAAGACUCCCCUUAAUACAAGAAAGACAACGAAUGGGGGAUGCAGAUUGGCCAGGGGAGGAGAGUGCAAAGGGCUGCAUCAUAUGUGAACAUCCUCUACCGGGGGUUUUGUCACCAAUGCCACCCCCUCACUACCCUCUUCAGCAUCGCUUGCUGAUGAAUGCUGUCGGGAGAAGGAGAAUCCAGUGCUUCUGUGACACCUGUCGUGGUGACGUUGAGGCUAAUCUCCACUGUUCCACGUGUUUGCGGAAUUUUUGCGACCUCUGUGCCCAGGGACACCGUCAAGUUUAUCAUUCUGAGAAUAGAUCUCACGAUAUCAUUCCUCUCUGGCAAGCGAGAAGGUUCAGGAGGACAACAGUCUGUCUUGAGCACCCUGGAUACCCUCUCAGAUUUUUCUGCAUCGCUUGUCAACAGGUCACCUGCAGUGAGUGCAUGUGGCGUGGAAGACAUCGGGGUCACGCCAGUGAAGGCCACCGGGAGUCUGCCAAAUCAGCUGCGACCCUCUUGUUAAAUAGUUUGAAAAGUGCUCGAGUCCUCCUGGACAAGCUUCUCCUGAGAUACUCAUCAAAAUCUUUCACGAAUUAUUCCCCCAGAUUUUCAUCCCUCACAGCCUCAAGAAUCGAUCAAGAAUAUUUCUACGCUAAACAAGCCCGAGCGAGAGUCGAAGAAUUCCUACGUCUACGAAAGGCCCGAAAUUUAUUGGAUGCAAUAUCUCUUACCGAGCAAUUACUCGCUGAAGGCUCGGAUGCAGAAAUCCUCAGUCUCAGCAGAAUUAUUCUGAAGAGAUUUCACAAAUUAGGGGUGAAUAUUCGACCUAAAAGCGUUAUGAACGAACACAUGCAGCAUAAUUUCACACACAUGGGGAUCUUUCAUUGCUGUACAUUUUGCUCCAGUGGUGGAAGGAAGGAGGCGACGUGUGCCUGUCAGGGAACAAUGCCUGGAGGAUACGCAGGCUGUGGACACGGACAUCACGGCCACCCUGGGGCCGCCCAUUGGUCCUGUUGCGGAACAACAACUCGUCACAGUGUCUGUCCCCAAUGGCAUCCUCCUUCCUAUCGAAUUAACCUCUAAAAGCUCUGAA